CGGCCUGGUGCUGCGCGCCUGUCAGCCAUCGCCCGAGCCGCCGGCGUCCCCUCCCUCCCAACACCGCCUCCGCGUAGGGGCUCCGGGACCGCGGGACGGACGCCUCCAGCCUGAGUUCUUUUUGGAGAAGAAUAUCUGCUCAGACAUUAAGAAUUAUAAGAGCUUUGAGAGUUCAUUUUGAAAGAAUAAUGGAUGAACCAUCUCCCUUGACUAAACCUCUGGAGUUGAACCAGCACUCCCGAUUCAUAAUUGGCUCUGUGUCUGAAGACAACUCAGAAGAUGAAAUCAGCAACCUGGUGAAGCUGGACCUGCUGGAGGAAAAGGAGGGCUCUCUGUCACCAGCUUCUAUUGGCUCAGACACACUCUCUGACUUGGGGCUCCCUGGCCUACCUGAUGGCUUCUUGGCCUCAAACAUGAGGUCCAGCAUGUCUGGCAUGCACCUAGGAAAGCAAUGUCGUGAUCGCAAGAAAAUAGACUCACAGAGAGAUUUCACUGUAGCUUCUCCAGCAGAAUUUGUUACUCGUUUUGGAGGGAAUAAAGUGAUUGAGAAGGUUCUUAUUGCCAACAACGGCAUUGCAGCAGUGAAAUGCAUGCGGUCUAUCCGUCGGUGGUCUUAUGAGAUGUUUCGAAAUGAACGUGCAAUCCGAUUUGUUGUCAUGGUGACACCUGAAGAUCUUAAAGCCAAUGCAGAAUACAUUAAGAUGGCAGAUCACUAUGUGCCUGUUCCUGGAGGACCAAACAACAACAACUAUGCAAAUGUGGAAUUAAUUCUUGAUAUAGCUAAAAGGAUCCCGGUGCAAGCAGUGUGGGCUGGAUGGGGUCAUGCCUCUGAGAAUCCCAAGCUUCCAGAACUUCUUUUGAAAAAUGGCAUUGCCUUCAUGGGUCCUCCAAGCCAGGCCAUGUGGGCUUUAGGGGAUAAGAUUGCCUCUUCUAUAGUUGCUCAAACUGCAGGUAUCCCAACUCUUCCCUGGAGUGGCAGUGGUCUUUGUGUAGACUGGCAGGAAAAUGACUUUUCAAAACGUAUUUUAAAUGUUCCCCAGGAACUAUAUGAAAAGGGUUAUGUAAAGGAUGUGGAUGAUGGACUGAAGGCAGCAGAGGAAGUUGGAUAUCCAGUAAUGAUCAAAGCCUCAGAAGGAGGAGGAGGAAAGGGAAUCAGAAAAGUCAACAAUGCAGAUGAUUUCCCUAACCUCUUUAGACAGGUCCAAGCUGAAGUCCCUGGAUCUCCUAUAUUUGUUAUGAGACUAGCCAAACAAUCUCGUCAUCUGGAAGUACAGAUCUUAGCAGACCAGUAUGGCAAUGCUAUCUCUUUGUUUGGUCGUGAUUGCUCUGUACAGCGCAGGCACCAGAAGAUUAUUGAAGAGGCACCUGCUGCUAUUGCUACUCCAGCAGUAUUUGAACAUAUGGAACAGUGUGCUGUAAAGCUUGCCAAAAUGGUUGGUUAUGUGAGUGCUGGAACUGUGGAAUACCUCUAUAGCCAAGAUGGCAGCUUCUACUUUCUGGAACUGAAUCCUCGACUACAGGUAGAGCAUCCUUGUACAGAGAUGGUGGCAGAUGUCAACCUCCCUGCAGCACAACUCCAGAUUGCCAUGGGAAUUCCUCUGUACAGAAUCAAAGAUAUUCGUAUGAUGUAUGGUGUAUCUCCCUGGGGUGAUGCUCCCAUUGAUUUUGAAAAUUCUGCUCAUGUUCCUUGUCCAAGGGGCCAUGUUAUUGCUGCUCGGAUCACUAGUGAAAAUCCAGAUGAGGGUUUUAAGCCCAGCUCAGGAACAGUUCAGGAACUGAAUUUCCGUAGCAACAAGAAUGUUUGGGGUUAUUUCAGUGUUGCUGCUGCAGGGGGUCUUCAUGAAUUUGCUGAUUCUCAGUUUGGUCACUGCUUCUCCUGGGGAGAAAACAGAGAAGAAGCAAUUUCAAACAUGGUAGUGGCUUUAAAGGAGCUAUCCAUUCGGGGUGACUUUCGAACGACAGUUGAAUACCUGAUCAAAUUGUUGGAGACUGAAAGCUUUCAGUUGAAUAGAAUUGACACUGGCUGGCUAGACAGAUUGAUAGCAGAAAAAGUACAGGCAGAGCGGCCUGACACCAUGUUGGGAGUUGUGUGUGGGGCUCUCCAUGUGGCAGAUGUGAGCCUGCGGAACAGCAUCUCUAACUUCCUCCAUUCCUUAGAAAGGGGUCAGGUCCUUCCUGCUCAUACACUUCUGAAUACAGUAGAUGUUGAACUUAUCUAUGAGGGAGUCAAGUAUGUACUUAAGGUGACUCGACAGUCCCCCAACUCCUAUGUGGUGAUCAUGAAUGGCUCAUGUGUAGAAGUAGAUGUGCAUCGACUGAGUGAUGGAGGACUGCUCUUAUCCUAUGAUGGCAGCAGCUAUACCACAUACAUGAAGGAGGAAGUGGAUAGAUAUCGCAUCACAAUUGGCAAUAAAACCUGUGUGUUUGAGAAGGAGAAUGACCCUUCAGUGAUGCGCUCACCUUCUGCUGGGAAGUUAAUCCAGUACAUUGUGGAAGAUGGAGGCCAUGUGUUUGCUGGACAGUGCUAUGCUGAGAUUGAGGUGAUGAAGAUGGUAAUGACCUUAACAGCUGCAGAGUCUGGCUGCAUCCAUUACGUUAAGCGGCCUGGAGCAGCUCUUGACCCAGGCUGUGUAAUAGCCAAAAUGCAGCUGGACAAUCCCAGCAAGGUUCAGCAGGCUGAGCUUCACACUGGCAGUCUGCCACAGAUCCAGAGCACGGCGCUCAGAGGCGAGAAGCUCCAUCGAGUGUUCCACUAUGUCCUGGAUAAUCUGGUCAACGUAAUGAAUGGAUACUGUCUUCCAGACCCUUUCUUUAGCAGCAGGGUAAAAGACUGGGUGGAGCGGUUGAUGAAGACCCUCAGAGAUCCCUCUUUGCCACUCCUGGAAUUGCAAGAUAUCAUGACCAGUGUCUCAGGACGUAUUCCCCUCAAUGUGGAGAAGUCUAUCAAGAAGGAAAUGGCUCAGUAUGCUAGCAACAUCACAUCAGUCCUCUGUCAGUUUCCUAGCCAGCAGAUUGCCAACAUCCUAGAUAGUCAUGCAGCUACAUUGAACCGGAAAUCUGAACGAGAAGUCUUCUUCAUGAACACUCAGAGCAUUGUCCAGCUGGUCCAGAGGUACCGAAGUGGCAUCCGAGGGCACAUGAAGGCUGUAGUGAUGGACCUGCUGCGGCAGUACCUGCGGGUAGAGACCCAGUUCCAGAAUGGUCACUAUGACAAAUGUGUGUUUGCCCUUCGGGAGGAGAACAAAAGUGAUAUGAACACAGUGCUGAACUACAUCUUCUCUCAUGCUCAAGUCACCAAGAAGAAUCUUCUGGUUACAAUGCUUAUUGAUCAGUUGUGUGGUCGGGACCCUACCCUCACUGAUGAGCUGCUGAAUAUCCUCACAGAGCUAACCCAACUCAGUAAAACAACCAAUGCAAAAGUGGCACUUCGAGCACGCCAGGUUCUUAUUGCCUCCCAUUUGCCAUCAUAUGAGCUUCGCCAUAACCAAGUAGAGUCUAUUUUCCUAUCAGCUAUUGACAUGUAUGGACAUCAGUUUUGCAUUGAAAACCUGCAGAAACUCAUCUUGUCCGAAACAUCUAUUUUUGAUGUUCUACCAAACUUCUUCUAUCACAGCAACCAGGUAGUAAGGAUGGCAGCUCUGGAGGUGUAUGUUCGAAGGGCUUAUAUUGCCUAUGAACUUAACAGUGUACAACACCGCCAGCUUAAGGACAAUACCUGCGUGGUGGAAUUCCAGUUCAUGCUGCCCACAUCUCAUCCAAACAGAGGGAACAUCCCCACGCUAAACAGAAUGUCCUUCUCCUCCAACCUCAACCAUUAUGGCAUGACUCAUGUAGCCAGUGUCAGCGAUGUGCUGCUGGACAACUCAUUUACCCCACCAUGCCAGCGAAUGGGUGGCAUGGUCUCUUUUCGGACUUUUGAAGAUUUUGUCAGGAUCUUUGAUGAAGUGAUGGGUUGCUUCUGUGACUCCCCACCCCAAAGCCCCACAUUCCCCGAGGCAGGUCACACAUCUCUAUAUGAUGAAGAUAAGGUCCCCAGAGAUGAACCAAUUCACAUUCUGAAUGUAGCUAUCAAGACUGAUGGUGAUAUUGAGGAUGAUAGGCUGGCAGCCAUGUUCAGAGAAUUUACCCAGCAAAAUAAAGCUACCCUGGUUGAACAUGGGAUAAGGCGCCUUACUUUCCUGGUGGCACAAAAGGAUUUCAGAAAACAGGUCAACUGUGAGGUGGAUCAGAGAUUUCAUAGAGAAUUCCCUAAGUUUUUCACAUUCCGAGCAAGGGAUAAGUUUGAGGAGGAUCGUAUCUACCGUCACCUGGAGCCUGCCCUAGCUUUCCAGUUGGAGUUGAACCGGAUGAGAAAUUUUGACCUGACUGCCAUUCCGUGUGCCAAUCACAAGAUGCACUUGUAUCUUGGGGCGGCCAAGGUGGAAGUGGGCACAGAAGUGACAGACUACAGGUUUUUUGUUCGCGCAAUCAUCAGACAUUCUGACCUGGUUACCAAGGAAGCCUCUUUUGAAUAUCUACAAAAUGAAGGGGAACGGCUGCUCCUGGAAGCUAUGGAUGAGCUGGAGGUUGCUUUUAACAAUACAAAUGUCCGCACUGACUGCAACCACAUCUUCCUCAACUUUGUGCCCACUGUCAUCAUGGACCCAUCAAAGAUUGAGGAAUCUGUGCGGAGCAUGGUAAUGCGCUAUGGAAGUCGGCUGUGGAAAUUACGCGUCCUCCAGGCAGAACUGAAGAUCAACAUUCGCCUGACACCUACUGGAAAAGCAAUUCCCAUCCGCCUCUUCCUGACGAACGAGUCUGGCUAUUACUUGGACAUCAGCCUGUACAAGGAAGUGACUGAUCCCAGGACAGCACAGAUUAUGUUUCAGGCAUAUGGUGACAAACAGGGACCAUUACAUGGGAUGCUGAUCAACACUCCAUAUGUGACCAAAGACCUGCUUCAAUCAAAGAGGUUCCAGGCACAGUCUUUAGGAACAACAUAUAUAUAUGAUAUCCCAGAGAUGUUUCGGCAGUCCCUGAUCAAACUGUGGGAGUCUAUGUCCACUCAAGCAUUCCUUCCAUCACCCCCUCUGCCUUCUGACAUGCUGACGUAUACUGAACUUGUGUUAGAUGAUCAAGGUCAACUGGUUCACAUGAACAGGCUUCCAGGAGGAAAUGAGAUUGGCAUGGUAGCUUGGAAGAUGACUCUGAAAAGUCCUGAAUACCCAGAAGGCCGAGAUAUCAUCGUUAUUGGCAAUGACAUCACAUACCGAAUCGGGUCCUUUGGUCCUCAGGAGGAUUUGCUAUUUCUCAGAGCUUCUGAGCUUGCCAGGGCAGAGGGUAUCCCACGCAUCUUUGUAGCAGCCAACAGCGGAGCAAGAAUUGGGCUGGCAGAGGAAAUUCGUCAUAUGUUUCACGUGGCCUGGGUAGAUCCUGAGGAUCCUUACAAGGGAUACAAAUAUUUAUAUUUGACCCCUCAAGAUUAUAAAAGAGUCAGUGCUCUCAACUCUGUCUAUUGUGAACAUGUGGAGGAUGAAGGAGAAUCCAGGUAUAAGAUUACUGAUAUUAUUGGGAAAGAAGAGGGCCUUGGAGCAGAAAACCUUCGAGGUUCUGGAAUGAUUGCUGGAGAAUCCUCACUGGCCUAUGAUGAGAUCAUCACUAUUAGCCUGGUUACAUGCCGGGCCAUUGGUAUUGGGGCUUACCUUGUCCGACUGGGACAGAGAACCAUCCAGGUUGAAAAUUCUCAUUUAAUUCUGACAGGAGCUGGGGCACUCAACAAAGUCCUGGGUCGAGAAGUAUACACCUCCAAUAAUCAGCUUGGAGGCAUCCAGAUCAUGCACAACAAUGGGGUGACCCACAGCACUGUUUGUGAUGACUUUGAAGGGGUUUUCACUGUCCUGCACUGGCUGUCUUAUAUGCCCAAGAGUGUGCACAGUUCAGUUCCUCUCCUGAACUCCAAGGAUCCCAUAGAUAGGAUCAUCGAAUUUGUUCCCACAAAAACCCCAUAUGAUCCUCGAUGGAUGCUAGCAGGUCGUCCUCAUCCAACCCAGAAAGGUCAGUGGUUGAGUGGAUUUUUUGACUAUGGUUCUUUCUCAGAGAUCAUGCAGCCCUGGGCACAGACUGUUGUGGUUGGCAGAGCCAGGCUAGGAGGAAUACCGGUGGGAGUAGUUGCCGUAGAAACCCGAACAGUGGAACUAAGUAUCCCAGCUGAUCCUGCAAACCUGGAUUCUGAAGCCAAGAUAAUCCAGCAGGCUGGCCAGGUUUGGUUCCCAGACUCUGCAUUUAAGACUUAUCAAGCUAUCAAGGACUUCAACCGUGAAGGACUUCCUCUGAUGGUCUUUGCCAACUGGAGAGGCUUCUCUGGUGGAAUGAAAGAUAUGUAUGAUCAAGUGCUGAAGUUUGGUGCCUACAUUGUGGAUGGCUUACGGGAGUGCUCUCAGCCUGUGAUGGUCUACAUUCCUCCCCAGGCUGAGCUGCGGGGUGGCUCCUGGGUCGUGAUUGACCCCACCAUCAACCCCCGGCACAUGGAGAUGUAUGCUGACCGAGAGAGCAGGGGAUCAGUUCUGGAGCCAGAAGGGACAGUAGAAAUCAAAUUCCGCAAAAAGGAUCUGGUGAAAACCAUGCGUCGGGUGGACCCCGUCUACAUCCACUUGGCUGAGCGAUUGGGCACCCCAGAGUUAAGUGCAGCUGAGCGGAAGGAGCUGGAGAACAAGCUGAAGGAGCGGGAGGAAUUCCUAAUUCCCAUUUACCAUCAGGUAGCUGUGCAGUUUGCUGACUUGCACGACACACCGGGCCGGAUGCAGGAGAAGGGUGUCAUUAACGACAUCCUAGACUGGAAAACAUCCCGUACCUUCUUCUACUGGAGACUGAGGCGUCUCCUGCUGGAGGACCUGGUCAAGAAGAAAAUCCACAAUGCCAACCCUGAGCUGACUGAUGGCCAGAUCCAGGCCAUGUUAAGGCGCUGGUUUGUGGAAGUGGAAGGAACAGUGAAGGCCUACGUGUGGGACAACAACAAGGACCUGGUGGAGUGGCUGGAGAAACAGCUGACAGAGGACGAUGGCGUCCGCUCAGUCAUAGAGGAAAACAUCAAAUACAUCAGCAGAGACUAUGUCCUCAAGCAGAUCCGCAGCUUGGUCCAGGCCAAUCCAGAGGUUGCCAUGGAUUCCAUCGUCCACAUGACCCAGCACAUCUCACCCACCCAGCGAGCAGAAGUCGUCCGAAUCCUCUCCACGAUGGACUCCCCAUCGACGUAGGAGGAGCUUCCUGCCCACCCUGCCCCGCCCCGGACAUAGGGCUAGAGCUGCCUUUAAUGACUGAACACUAAUUAGAAGGCACAGGAGACCCAGCGCUGCAGUCAGUAGCGUUUGUUUCUCCCCAGACAUUUGCAGAUCAUGCGUGACACUGAGGUUGGGGGGGGUCACAAAGUCCCCUCCAGUCUUCUAUUCCACUCAGUAUUUAUUAUCUGGCUGGGACUCCAGUCAUCUCCCCCAGUGCCAGACUCCAGAAGGCAAUGAAGGGUACAUGCACGUACCAUGAGGUCUUACAACACAAAUGCAGGCGCCCCCUCCUCCCCCACCCCCCUUCUCACAGCCCCUUGGUCCCAGCAGGGAGAAGGGGGCUUGUUGCCCGCAGCCAGCAGCUGCCUCGCCCCUGGCCCCAUGAGCCUGCAGCCAUAGGCAGCAGAGGAGGGCUGGGCCCAGCUCCCAUCUCGGGAGGAAGCUUCAAGUGCAGUGUUUCUUCACCCCCCCACUUCAGCACAGGAAACACUUUGCUCUCAUCCAGUACCUGGUCAUGAAGAAAGAUGAGCACAAAACCUGCACCCUCUGCAAGCACCCGGGGGUAAAACCACCAUCCAAACAUGCAGGCUGAGUCACUGCUGGUCACCUCGGAGGCCUCCACGGGGCUGAGUGCUACUGGAACAAAUGGAAACAUGUAUAACCUCCCCCACCCCCACCCCCCAGUACCCUGCAUGUCACUGCUCUUGCCCCUGCUGGGAGCCGCAAGGCCCCGCCUUCUGCCAGGGGUCCUGACGGCUAGGCUGCAGCCGAGGAGCUGCCCUCCCUGUUGCUGACAGAAACUGGUGACUCGUUGGUGACUCGUGCCAGCCAGGGAGCCGGCAGUCUCCCGUUACCGGCCCUGGAAGGCCGUUCCUCGUAAGCCUGGGGCUUUGGUCACUACAAGAGGUCACAGUGCCUGCAGAGUCACUGGUCACCAUUCGGCUAGUUGCCGACACCCCCGUCUUUGGGUCUUGUUUUUCCUAGAAUGUACACAGGCAACAGGUCUCCCCACAGCCACUGAAAGGAACCUUGGUGACAGCUGUGUGCUGGCAUCAGGAACGGACCUCCCGGGUGUGAGGCCUCCAGGAACACAAAAUCCAUGUGACCUUAAGAUUAUUUAUCAUUGUCAUGGUGCUGCGAUCUUCCAAGCUCACUGGGGCCUCCUCAUGGGGGGCAGCUGGGGUGUAUCUGUAGUUUAUUCAAGGAAAGAGCUCGCAAGCCCCCCCUUGGCGUCCCUAGAACAGGCGUGGGAGUGGUCAGGGCUCUGAGAGUCCAGUUCCUGCAGAGCAACUCAUUGGCUUGUCACCAAUGACCGCGAAGAAGGCCGCUCAGUCCUCGGGGCAGGGUGGAUUCGCCCGUCCCAGCUGCAGGUUGGAGCCUUAACUCUAGUUUUUCUCAAGGAGGAUCCGUGUGCCCCUUCUCUGGGCACGGCAUACAGAGGACCUCGCCAGUUCUGGACGGGACAGUGCUGCGUGGCCAGCUCACUCUGACUGCCUCGGAGCCUCGGCCUGGCUGCCCGUCUGCACCCGUGGAGGAGAGCGGGCAGGGGAGGGGCAGGGCGGGGCGGGGCCCCCACGCCCCAGGGCGGGUCUGUACCCCUCGGCCUGGCCUGUAUUUGCUGGUCUUCGGCAGAGGCAGAUGGCUCGCUCAGCCUCCUGCUGCACUGCCACCCGAUUAAGACACCUGAAUGCGGCUCCCUGCUGGACGGUAACGCCUACCCCCAGGGCACCUUGCUGACCGGCUUGCCAAGGGCCCGGCUUUUCCUAAGGAGAAGUCGGGAAGGAGGAAGGAAGGCCGCCUGCUAUUCCCACAGCCCCUUCCAUGUGCAAGGCACUGAGGCAGGAGGCGCAGAAAGGACCAGCCGACCAGGGCUUGCUGGAGCUGAGCCGGCCGUGUGGUCUGUCCAUGCUGCUCACGAAGCAGCGGCCUCCACGAGUCUCAUGGAGAAGUCAAUGGACGCAGGCCCUGAUGAGCAAAGAGCUUCAGUCCAAUGUAUUCUUUCCACAUUUUGUUAAAAUAAACCUCCAUAUUUGUAGAGGAGUCACUGUCAUUUCAGCCGUGCCCAGCCACCUUGUCGUCGGCCCGCUUUGGGCAAACCCCCAUCCAGAAAAUAAAGCCAGCCAUGGGCACCGGACGCCGCUGCGACAGCCACACCCUGGGCAGCGCCCCGCGGCCGAGUGGUCUCCAAGUGAGCGCCAAGCUUUGCCCCGCUUAGUGGGCAGCGGGGUGCCUGGCUCCAGUAGGUGGAUAGCAAACCAUUUUCAGGCAUCAGCUGAGCCACACCUUCAGAGGUUUUAGUCUCUGAAGCUGCAGCCUAAGGAAUUUUGAACAGUAACUUCAGGCACAGAAAGGCAGAGGGGCAGUGGAGCCAGGAUCUGUCUCCCCUCACUUUCCCUUUCUAGGGGAAAGCUCUCCCGAGUCCAUGUACUUGCAGCAGGAACACAGGCCAGCCCCGGCACGUGUAAGGAAGGUGUUGGCCGCAGCGAGGCAGCUCUGGCCUCUGCGAGCCAAGCAAAGGGCGGCUGUUUCCAAAGUGAAGUGAAAGGUUGCAUUUCAAAUACACCCAUCUGAACCCCCUAAGCUAGGUGCCCCAGGAAGGGGAGGAAGAAGAUUGGGAUCCAGGGGAGUGAGCGCUCUGCCCAGCUGCUGCUCUGGGGAAGGGCUUAGCACAGGCCUGGGGCUCUGGCCCUUGCAGGCGGAUGAGAAAGGGCCCCAAGCUGUGAGUUUAAGCGGCCCCUACUCUGCCCCACCUGUUGCCAGCUCUGGGGAACAUGGGUGGGCAAGAUGAAUGACAGGAGAGUCUGCCUCUGGCACUGGCCUGGUACAGAGUGCUGGCUUCUAUCUAACAAAAGGAAAGUCCUUUUGCUGUUUCUCUGGGGUGAGAGGGGAAGACUGUAUAGUGAGGGUUCUGGGACCGAGUCCUGGACCCAGGACAUGGUGUCAAAGCAGGUGUCCAUCCCUGCGGCCCUCCUGACACGCACAGCCCCUGCCGGGCUGUGGUGAUGCCUAAGGAGUCUGGGUUGGAAGGCCACCCCCACCUAAACUCUGGUUUCUUAGGGUGACCCCCUGGCCUGUCCUGACCACAGUGCAGACAGUAAGCGCUGACGCCCGCUGGCAGGAAGGUUUCCGGCUGGGCCAGUGAGGCAGCGUGUCCCACAUGGCACCAGUUCUGCUACGUUAUCCAGGGACAUUAGACGUGUGGGAGCAUAGCUGGCUCUUGGGGGAGGAGAGACCAUGACAUUUGAAAAAGUAACAGAGCAUGGAGAGUUCUAGCUGCUGGAACACUGAGGCUGGAAGGAGGUGUGUUGGACAGGAGCGUGGGCGCCUUUAGUGGUCUGCGGUCUGUCAGGUCUGGGAAGCAGCCUGAGGGUGCAGGAUGACGCAGACAAGGAGCUGGCUCCAAGCUGAGCUCGUGGAUGUGCCUGAGCCGGGAGGCUCGCCCAGGCUUCCCAGGGGCACAGAGUCUUUGGGAAUAAGACUCAUGCCUCGGCAGGCAGCAGAGAUUCGCUAUGCCUUGCCUUUGGAUGACAUUUACCGGCUCAGGAAGUGGGUAGCUACGGUGCUGGCCAGGAGCGCCAAGUUAAUACUGAUACCAGGUCUGCUUUAUACAUGUGGUAUCUUAGAAAUUUGAUCUUCUGAAACAUGGGGUUCCCUGUGAUUGGAGGGGCAGGAUGAAAGCACAGUCUCGGUUCCGAGGGAACCUGGAAUCGCCCAUUAGGAGCUGUGAGGAGGUGACCCAGGCCAGUACUCAGAGUGGGAUGAUUGAUGGGCCUCGAUCCCAACAUCGUGAUUCUACAACCCGCCAUCUGGAAUGAUCAGAAAUGGUGAGGAUGGGGGGGACGGUGGGGAGAGGAGUCAAGACAGGAGCAACUAGGGAAAUCCAAACCCUAAAUUUGGAAAAAGCUAACCAAAUUCUUGUCAAUACCAGCAGGUCCCUCCAAUAGCCACUUGAACGAGCACAGCUACUGGAAUAAGCCUGAGCUAGGUCCAAAUAUCUGGCCCCUCACUCCUUGUAAGGACCGCACGCUAACCAAUUGGCCACUGGAGCCACAGCCCGUCCCUCACUCCUGUCCAGGGGCAUGCUCCUGACACCUCAACUUGGUGAAAUGUGGAUAACAAGGAUCGCAUGUGGCUUCGUGGAAAAAGACCUUAAUAGUUAAUAUGGACCAAGUGAGGGCAUUAGUUGCAAAAUCUGUCUGGCGGGUCCUCCAUGCCCUUCCUUGUCGUCGGAAGGCGAGUGUUCCUCAGUAGAGCCCUCCUCAGUGUGUUCUCGCCCCGCGAGAGCAGGAUAGAGGGCUAGUCUCUAGGCAUUUGUGCCUACCUCUGGGAGGUGCUUCAGUCACAAGGUGGAUGUUCAUAAACAGGAUUCUAGUGCCUUAUAAAAAGGAUAAUAUAGAUCCUUUCCCCUCCCCACCAUGUGAGGACACAAUGACCUGAAAGAGCCCUCACCUGUCUGAGCUGGCACACUAAUA